AUGGAUGACCUAAUUCUAUCAUCAUCAGUGAACAAAACCCGGAUGAAAAAACUCCUCAAAAUCCCCUUCUCAGCCACGCUUCGAAUCCAUCACUUUCCUUUCAACAGUAAUCUCAAAUUUUCAUUGUCAAAUCCCUCAGACCUAUAUCCAAAUUCACAUUCAAUCAUCCUUCUUAAAUGGGUAUCUUCCUUCAGUCGACUGCCACCACCAGAAUGGGUGCAACCCAUCACUGACCUCUCAGACCUCGUCACGACUGAUUCCAAGAAGGACCUCCAACCUUCCCCAUGGGUUCAACAAAUCCUCAACCUAUUACACAAUAACACCAACUUGGAACAAGACUUGACUGAAUUUUGCCGAAAGUACUUAAUUAAGCUCCCUUCCAAUUUUGUUGCAUUCAUACUGAAAAAAUGGGACCAGGUUGCAAAACAGCCUGAAAUAGCAUACGGAUCAGUUAGCUUGAAUUUCCCAGCUUCUUUAAAUUCACAACUUCGAGCUGCUGCUUUGAUGAGAGCCAACCUCGUAGUCCAGUUUCAACCGAACGUUCAAGCCUCCGCUUAG